GUGCAGUUUGAACUGUCUUUACACAAACGAAAAAAAAUGGUUCAAUAGGACGCUGUACUUGUACGCAUCUGGGAGUUUGGAGAGAUAAUUUGGCCCGCUUAACAGAGAUGAAUCAUCUCUUAGCACUUUUGGUGCUGUUUUCAAGUGCCAAUGGUGAUGGGAAUUUUCGUUUUACAAACACACACAUUGAAUUGUCAGAAGAGCCCUUUACUCAAGCAUCAUUUGGAGUCUCAAGGACAGGAUCUAUGACAGGGACUGUGAUUCUUACAUGUCAGAUGAAUGCUUCUGCUCAAGACGAUGUGGAUGGCCUUUCCCAGAAUGUGGAAUUUAAGCCAAACCAGAACUCUGGAUCUUGUGUCUUCACAAUAGUAGAUGAUGCAAUUCCUGAGGCCAAUGAAACAUUCUCUAUUGACCUGACUGUAGGUGGAGGAUCUGGAACCGUGGUAUCACCGUCUGUGGCAUAUUUAACAAUACUUGCUAAUGACGAUGCAUUUGGUAUCAUUGGGUUCAAUGAGACUGGACCAAUUGUAGUGGAUGAAGUGUCAGCAGGAGAGAAUACAAAGAACAUCAAACUAGUUAGAAAAGCUGGUCUGAUAAGUUCAGUACAAGUGUCUUGGAGGAUCACAAGUGGACCUAACAGUGGAUCAGAUGAUUUUACUCACACCAGUGGGGUGGUUGUAUUUGAUGCUAAUCAGUACAUGGCUAAUCUUUCCCUCCUUGUAAAGCCAGAUAAUGUACCAGAAAAUGAUGAGACAUUCACACUGGUCUUAGAAUCACCAACUGGUGGAGCAGUAGUUGAGACAGGUGCUGAUCAAAUCACCGUGACAAUCUCUGCAAAUGAUGCUCCAUUAGAAUUUCCAAUUCAACAGCUCACAGUCCCUGAAAACCAGUCUACUAUUGACAUUGAAGUUCAUAGAGGAGUUGCAGAUGAUGGCAUUAACAGGAUUGGACCUGUGAAUGAGGUUGCAACUGUAGAGUGGUAUCUUGCACCAGGUCUUGCCAAACCAGGGAAGGACUAUAGAGACAGUAGGAGUACACUAACAUUCCAACCUGGUGAUACCAUAAAGAAGAUAACUGUUCAAUUAAUUGAUGAUAAUGUGCCAGAGCAAGCAGAGAAUUUUACUUUCCGUCUGGCAAAUGCAAGUCAAAAUGCUUACAUCAAGCCACCUGGUAUUGCUACUGUGAUUCUUUUGCCAAAUGAUGAUCAACAUGGGGUAAUUUUAUUUGGGGAUCAUCCUUCCAGUUUAGAUGAAGAUAGUGCAGCAAGAGUAGGCAUGUUUUAUGUGAAUCGUAGUGCUGGAACGUUUGGAGAGGUGACAGUUUCUUGGAAAAUUCACGGUGAUGCUGUAAGUUCAGUUUUUGAGAGCACAUCUGGGAUGAUAACAUUCUCUGCAGGAGUGAGUCAGUCAUCAUUUCAAGUCUCUGUUCGUUUAGACUCUGUGCCAGAAGAGGCUAAACAGUUCUAUGUUCAGCUAUAUAAUGUCACAGGUGGAGCAAGGCUUGAGAAUGCUCUGUCAGCACAAAGAGCUGAUUUUUUUGUACAAGACAGUGAUAAUGUGUAUGGUGUCUUCCAAUUUGCUGGAGAUAAUGAGCAAAGGCUAGAUAUGGACAGUGAACCUCGUCAUCUACUGCUUAAUAUAACUAGGAUUGGGGGACUAGUUGGAGAUGUUGCUGUAAACGUAAGUGUUGGCUAUAUUCUACCAGGAAGCAGCAGCAGUUCAAAUGAUAAAGAACAAGAAGUAACACUGACUGCUGGCUCCAGCAGUGUCUCCGUUACAGGGCAGAUUGCCAAUGAUCAAUUUAUUAAACUUGGUGCUGCAUUUAAAGCUGAGCUGACAGGAGUGGCUUUAAGAGGAGGAGCAUCUGCCAUAGUAGACUCAGUGAAACCCUCAUCACCCAAGAUUGGAAACAGGCCUAUGGUCUACCUAAACAUAACUGCUGCAGAUGCCAACGGAGAAGUUGGAUUUUCCACAGUACAUCAGCAGGUUUCUGUUCAGGAGCCGGCAGGUCCAUCAUCUCGGUUUGUUCAUUUGCUGCUAAAGCGAACUGGAACUGCAGAUAGGGUUGUUGUAUACUGGAAUAUCACAAGUAAAAGUGCCACUUUUUUUGCUAAUGAUACUGGUCCACAGAGUGGAAAUGUCACAUUUGAAGAAGGUCAUGAUGAGGUUAAUGUUACAAUUGAAAUCAAACCAGACAGUACUCCAGAAGUAGCUGAAACCUUCACUGUCAACCUGGUCCAUGUGUCAAAUCUUGACAGACUCCAGACAGGAGCAAGUAGUGCACAAGUUACCAUUGAAGAUAAUGAUAAACCAGGGGGGACAUUUGAGUUCAAGAAUACCUCUUCCCUCUACUUACAGGAGGGUGAUGCCUUUAGUGUGGUCAUUAAGCGACUGGGUAGUGCAUUGGACACUCGCUGGGUGGAGUUCAAAAUGGUUCCCUCAGGAGCUGAUGAUUUCUCUGGUAGUGUGAAGUUGGUCAGAUUUCUGCCUGGUGAACGAGAAAAAUCUUUUGCAGUGAUUGCAAAAACUGAUAAUGUUCCUGAGAUCGACGAGAAAUUUUUGUUGGGUUUAUUCAGUGAAGGACCCGAGGGACAGAAAGGUGUUCUGGGAAGUCAUACAACAGUCAAUGUUACCAUCAAGGAAAAUGAUGAUCCUUAUGGUGUGGUUGGCUUCAGAGCCCCUAGUCUCAUCGAAAUCAUUGAUGAAUCCAAGGACAACACAGAAAGCGCCCGUUUUGAGGUUUCCCGCGACAAAGGAACCUUUGGAGUCGUGUUGGUUUCCUGGAAUAUAACUGCCAAUAACGGUGGCAACCCAGCCAGCGAUGUGUCUCCAGUGUCUGGUCAGGUCACUUUCUCAGCUGGAGAGAAUUCCAAGUUUAUAACUAUUGAAUCUCGACUAGACAACAUUCCCGAAGGAAACGAGUCAUUCACGUUGCGUCUCGACAACAUAUCGAGCAUAGCCAAAUUAGCUAGUCAGGAUUUACUUGAAGCCACUUUAAUCAUCUCCAAGAACGAUGAUCCAGUAUAUUUUGCUCCCCCCACCUCAAUACAAGUCCAAGAGGGUCUGUAUGCCAAUUUAAUCAUUGAACGUGGAGGUGAUGGUAACGAUGCAGUUGACGUUUUCUACCAAACCAUUGAUGGAACCGCGACUUCUUCAUCUGGUGAUUACCAGUCCAAGACAGCAAAAGUGACAUUCGAUGUUGGAGAGUUCCAAAAGACCAUAUCGAUUAUGGUGUCGAAUGACAGCACCCCUGAGGGAGUGGAGACGUUUACAGUCCGUCUUUUGAACUCAACAGGGGACACAGUGCUUUAUAACAAAACUGCUGCCACUGUGACCAUUUUGGCAAGUGACAAAGGGACCGGAGUUUUUAAGUUUGCUUCCAGUUCACUGAACAAGACAACACAAGAGAAUGCAGCGGUUGAAUUUACUGUCGAAAGAGAGUUUGCCCAGUUUGGUGAGGUUAGAGUGUACUGGAAAGUCGUUCGCUUAUAUCCCAAUGGCACCACUAUGGACCUGUCAUCAGGCCAAGAGUUUACAGAUGUCGUUGACUUUGUUACAUUUGCCAACGGUGAAUCAUCACAGUCUGUUAGACUGAGACCGCUACAGGAUAGAAUCGCUGAAUUAGAUGAAACUUUUCAACUUCAGCUCGUCAAUGCAACAGGAAUUCAAACUGGUGAAAACGGUGUUAUAAGCAGUCCUUCGAAAGCAUCUCUGACAGUUACCACCAAUGAUGACCCUAAUGGAUUGAUGAGGUUUGAAAAAAGAUCUUUGGACAUUCCAGAAGACUAUAAUCCUGGAAUGAAAGCUACCACCAUAAAAACUGUUACAGUUUUGAGAGAUCAAGGCUCAUGGGGAAGCAUUAAGGUUGCUUGGGAAAUUCAAACAGCUUCAGCGUCAUUGAUUAGCAUUAAUGAUAAUGCUUAUGACUUGUUCCUACUUGGCUCAAAGAUGUCAGGUGUUGACAGCCGGCCUGAUCUCCGCAGAUUAAAUACAGAGACUUAUGUGUAUUGUUUUUAUGGAACUAACAAUGAAUCAUUUGUUGAACUGUCGGCUUCCACCAGUCCACAAUCAAAGUUUAGUGUGAGAUUCUGGGUGAAUGCUACUAAAGGAAUGUAUGGAUAUGUGCUGACCAGUGUGGAUGGAAAUGCCGUGAACUUUGCUUUGGCUCUAAAUACGACUGGAUCUACUACAAUGGCAGACUUUUUCUAUUUGUCAAACAAGACUGAGAUAAAUCUAGGCAAGAACAUUGCAGACAACAGCUGGCAUUUUGUGGUUUUCACUGUGGACGUAAAUGUUGUUCAGUUCUAUGUCGAUGGAGAUCCAGUCGGCAAUGCACAUCCGCUCCCUUCAGGAUCAUUAAGUGCUAAUGCUGUUUACCGCGUGGGAAAAGGACCUACCUCAGAAUCACAGUUUACAGGAUGCAUCCAGGACAUAACAGAGUAUCGAGAGGUGAUAGUGGCAAGGUCAGUCAAAGAAAUGGCCAACUCUAACAACGAACUGACACCAAUAAAUGGCUAUUUAACCUUUGAGCCUGGUGUAACACAAAGGACAUUGACGAUAAGCACUAUUGAUGAUAACGAACCAGAAGAUGACACGCCCUAUAAUGUAGUCCUCUACAGUCCUUUGGGCGGGGCGCGACUGGACACUAAUGAGUUCUGGAUGGAUCUUAAAGUACUUAAGAGUGACAACGCCAAUGGUUUGUUCGGUUUAAAGUCAAUCAAUCCAAUAGUGAUCAGCGAAUCUACUAACGUUACUGUGACUAUUGAACGGCUCAAGGGUCGGUAUGGGGCAGCCACUGUCUAUUGGAGUGUAUUCAAGAACUCAUCUUCUGUAUUAGCUUCAGAGGAUUUCAUUAUGGCCAGUGGAAGUGUGAAUUUUGCUGAGAAUGAAGACGAGAAGGUUGUGAUCAUUCCUGUAAAUGACGACGCAUUACCAGAAGUAGAUGAAUAUUUCUCUCUCAAUUUAACAUCUGUUUCCCCCACGGACGGAAGCACUCCAACAAGUGCUGCAAGCCUCAGACCUGGUUUUACACAAGUUGAUAUAACUAUUCGAGAGAAUGACUAUCCCAAUGGAUUACUGCAGUUCAUGCAUGCUGUUCCAGUUGCAAAUGGACCAAUUCUGCCAUCUUCUUCCCAGUUUAAUGUUGACACUCGGGAAAGUGCUGGGACACUUACACUUCAUGUGAUCAGAGCUCAAGGAACAUUGGGGAGUGUUAAAUGUCAGUGGAAGACUAUUGCAGGCACAGCAAAAACUCCAGAAGAUUAUAUUGGUAGUACAGGCGCUGUUGAGUUUGGUCCUGGCGCUCGAAACAGCACAAUUGACAUCCGAAUUGUGGAUAACAAUAUCUCAGAGCUGAAUAAGACAUUUAGAGUAGAGCUGUUCAGUGCCGAAGGAGGAGCUGAACUGAAUCCAUCUGCCAAGAUUGCAUUAGUGACAAUACUUCCUAGUGAUGACGCGUUCGGCAUCAUCAGCUAUUCUCCAGACUCUCUCAACCGCUCUGUCCGUGAGGGUAGCGGAAGCACUGUAAGCCUGACUGUUCAGAGGACGCGUGGUGUAUUAGGCCCAUCAUCUGUCUACUGGGAGGUGUCAAGAGAUGGUGCGGUUGAUGUAGAAAACACGAAUGGCUUUGUUGUGCUCGCUAAGAACAGCAAUAGCACACAGAUUACCAUUAGGAUCAAAGAAGAUGCUCAUCCUGAGCUUGCAGAGAGCUUCCUAGUCCAUCUUAGAAACGUGUCUGCAGGCCGCCUUGCGGAUCAUGGAACACAGUCAAACGUCACUAUACUCGCCAGCGACGAUCCUUACGGCGUGUUCGUCUUCUCCCCUUCACAACUGACGAUCAGUGAAUCCAACACAACCGUGAACUUAACGAUACAGAGGCUGUCAGGGGUACAGGGGAUGGUCAGGGUAAACUACAGUAGCACCAAUGCAAACCGCAUACCUAAUGUUAGAAUGGCUGUGGAAAAUGAUGAUUACGUGCCCAUCGUGGGGUCUGUUGUGUUCAGUGAAGGGCAGAUGAAUGCAAGCAUCAGUUUAAUGGUGCUGGAUGAUAAUGUCCCUGAAGAUGCAGAGACAGUAAUGGUUAAUUUAACAGAGGUGCAGCUGGUUAGUGGCCAUCCGGUGUUUCCUGCACCAGAAAGUUCCCCACGAAUAGGUGCCUCACGAGUUGCACAAGUUGUCAUCGAAAAGAACGACAAUGCCAAUGGAAUUGUUCAACUGUCAUCCAGUAGCGUCAGUGUCCCUGAACCGUACACGGGAUCAGUUGUGAAUAUCACCAGAACUGCUGGGGCUUUUGGCACAAUUUAUGUGUCCUUUGAAGUUGUUGCAUUGUCUGCCAAUGGUUCAGAUUACGGAAUUGAUUCAAGAAACGUAACUUUAGUAGAAAACCAGCAAGAGGCUACGGUCCCUGUGUUUGUUAUUCACGAUCUCACCCCAGAAUUCAGCGAAACGUUCCAAAUCAAGCUAACUGGUGUCGCUGGUGGGGCUGUGCUAGGCACGCCUGUGGAGUGUACAGUUACCAUACUGGAAAAUGACUAUCCCUUUGGCUUGAUAGGCUUUGAGAAUUCGUCACUAUCAAAGUCAGUGAAGGAAAGAGACACUACCAACACAACAACGCUUCAGGUAAUACGAACAUUUGGUCUCAGAGGAGGUUCUCGAGUUCACUGGAAGGCGUUUUUGAAUGGAGUGUUGGCAAGAGAUGACGUCGAGCCUGUUGAGGGGAGCCUUGUAUUUGCCCAGGGAGAAAACAGGAAGGAGAUAACUUUGAAUAUUAAAGCGGAUGCUAUUCCUGAAAUUUCAGAGGUUAUUGAUGUCAACUUUACGUCAGUGGAGUUUUUGUCUGAGGGUACCCCCUCACUAGACGAAGCUACUCGCGUUGCCAAAGUUCACAUAGAGCCUAAUGAUGCUCCCCACGGGAUGAUAGAGUUUGCCCAAUCUUCGUACAAUGCUUCAGAGGGUAGGGGUGCGUCCCUGUUGGUCUUGAGACAGUUUGGUACCACUGGUGACAUCCGAGUUUUCUUCAGUACCGUAGAGCACGUCGGAGGCACUCAAGCCAGGCCAAAUGUUGACUACAUUGCGGUCACAAACAGCUCUAUCGUUAUUCCCAGCGGAAAUGACUCAGCAAAUAUCACCAUCACAAUCCCUGAUGACAAUCAACCCGAGCUUGGAGAAGUUUUUGACGUGGUGUUGGAGCAUGUGGAGCUAGUUGGGCAACCAUCGCCAGUCUUUCCACCCCAAUUGGGCGGAAACCAGAGAGCUGCAGUAACAAUCGUGAUGAGUGACGACGCUCAUGGUUUGAUAGUCAUUAAAGCUCUCAGUUCAGACCAGGGAACUGAUGGUAGCCGCAUGACGGUGAACGAAACUGAAAACUUUCUGGUUCACCUGGUGAUUGAAAGGCACAAAGGCACCAUAGGCCAAAUCUCUGUCAAAAUUGAGGUGCUGCAGAAUGAUGCCUCGGCCGGCAGUGACUUCAUAGCGAGUGAACCCAUAUUUACUUUUGCUGACAAAGAUAACAGCAGCCAGAACUACCUGUUGACCAUCAAAGAUGAUAAUAUCCCGGAGAUUGACGAAGAAUUUGUUAUCAAGCUUGUGAAUCCCACUGGAGGUGCCAGAGUGGCUCCUGGUCUGGGGAACAAUGUGACUAUCAUUAUACAAGCGAACGACGGUGUCGCGGGACAAGUGGGAUUCGAUGAGCAGUCGAGAUCCGUUGUGGCCAUGGAAGGAAGCCAAGUGUCCUUGUUGGUGAACAGGACUCGGUCAAAUGGACGUGUAUCAGUGGAUUGGCUCAUUGCUAAGGCAAACGCUUCAUCUGACUUUACUGAUGUCAGUGGUACCGUCGUGUUUAAUGAGGGUGAAAAGCACAAAACAAUAGACUUAACAGUCCGCAAUGACAGCACCCCAGAAACCAACGAAGUGUUUGUGGUUCAGCUGAGCAAUAUUCAGACUUUUGGCAUUGCUUCCGCCGGUGAAGCCAGUCUUAUUACUGGGAAAACAACUGCAACAAUUAGCAUCAGUGCUAGUAACAGACCUCAUGGCGUUAUUGAGCUUGAAGCGGGUUCACGGUUCGUAUCUCGAUCAGACGAGCGGAACUUCACCUUGACGGUAUCCAGGCUGUUCGGAGAUAUUGGUGCUGUAAGAGUUUAUUAUGAAGCGAUGCAUGGCAACAUCACAGCGUUACAGUCGAACCAGCGCCUAGCACUACCCGAAGAGGACUUUGUUUCUGGGAGGAGAAGUAUUGUAAUUGGAGACGGUGAAGAUGUUGGCUCCAUUCCCGUAUGGAUCAAGGAUGAUGAGAUCCCAGAGCUUGGUGAAGUGUUCUUGGUUAACAUCACAGCAGUUGAGUUGGUGAACCCGUCACUGUGGAACAACACCAUUCCACCCAUUCUGGGACAUCAUCAUGUUUCUGAGAUCACACUAUUACCUAACGAUGAUCCGCAUGGCGUAUUUAGGUUUCCUAAAGAAAGAGUUUAUGUCACAGAGUCACGCAAUCCCUUCAGCCUUACUGUGCUACGUGACAAGGGUACUUUUGGUGAAGCACAAGUGAACUAUUUUGUGCAAACGAUAUCCGCCAGUUUGAAUGACUUUAACAUAACAGGUUGGAGUGGUCCGGAGGUCACCUUGGUGUUUCCCAACGGAGUCAGUAAACAGAACAUCACAAUUUACGUGGCUGAUGAUUCUGAAUCUGAAGGGGAAGAAACUCUUAAAAUAGGCCUGACUCGAAACACAGGAGACACAAAAAUUGGAAGUCCUUCCGUUCUCGAUGUUGUUAUAGUAGCUAAUGAUGAUGCGUAUGGAUUGUUUAGCCUCGCUUCGUCGUCGCUUACGAUCUCUGAGCCUGGCACAGGGCCUGUUACUGAGGCUGAAUUUGAAAUUGAUCGAAGUGGGAAUACCUUCGGAACUGUUAUUGUUUCUUGGGAAAUCCUUAAUGUAUCUGCAUCGUCAGAUUUGUCUUUGGUUAGAGGAAAUGUCACCUUUAGCGAUGGAGAUACGCGGAAGACGUUUAAAAUCAAGGCGUUGCUUGAUUCUGUACCAGAAAAGGAGGAAACGUUUGUGGUGAAGCUGACUCUACCUGGAAAUGGAAGGCUGGUGCAUCCAUCUGAAGCGCUGCUUACCGUUACGGAGAAUGACUCACCCUACGGAGAACUCGAGAUAGUGUCCAGUACUUCGAUGAGCAGUACCGUCGACAUAGAAGAGGAUCAUGGCAUAGUGAAGGCCAAGGUCAUCCGUAGCAAAGGUGACUUCGGUAGAAUUACCGUCGACUACAUGACAGUGUCACAAACGGCUGGUUCGUUACCCGGGAAUGUGAGUUACUUCGAAAAAGUACAGCAGUUAAAGACCGUUAGUGCAUACAGUUGGCACGUUUUUUCCGCUUUUGGCGACGUGUAUGCUUUGCUUGCCAGUACCAACAGGACUGGAUCCUUGCCAUCUGCGGUUGAUGAUAUCGGCAGGGGUGAAUACUUUGGUUCGGCUUUGUUCCGUUGGCAAGGCGUUCUUGUUCCUGUGCAGACCAUUGCCACUGAUGGUGCUGUGGCCUGGGACUCUAUGUUGGUUGGAGACAAAGUUUACCUAGCAGUCGCUAAUUAUGGCAACGAGGGACGGUACGAGGUACACUCUAGAAUAUACACCAUGGACAGCACUGCAAAGCUGACUGUGCUACAAAACAUUUCCACCCAGGGAGCAUCAGACAUUAAGUUCUUCCGUCCGCCGGGGAAAACUGACAUCUAUCUUAUAGUUGCAAACCAGCGGAAUAACGCCGGACAGACACGCAUUAGCUCACAGGUAUAUAAAUGGCAAGGUGGAUCGUUUGUUCUUCAAAGUGUCAAUCUGGACAACACCCGCAGUGCUUCUGGCCUGGCGGUGUUUGAAACUGCUGGAACUCUCAAAGUCGCCGUAGCUUUCUUUAAUGACAGUGCCAAUUCCCAAAGUUUCCAAACUAAAUCGCCCAUUUAUGAAUGGAACACGAUCUCAGAAUCUUUUGCCUUGCUGCAAGAGAUCGACACCAGUGGUCCUGUUGGAGUGGAGUAUUUCGAACACAAAGGAAAGCAUUACUUGGUGUUUGCUAACUCUAAGGCGUCCGUUGAUGUAUACCGCUGGAGUAGUAACAGGUUUGUCAGCGAACAGGAGCUUCUUGCCGAUGGUGUCCAAUCAGCCAAACCCUAUAUUAUGCAAGGAAAUGCUUAUCUUGUCACAGUUGAGAGUGAUGAGCGCUUGAACGUCUACAAGUGGGAUGAUUCGUCCAAAUUUACUCUUCAAAGGAAUACUACCCUUGCACACGCUCAGAGUGCCAUCCCUGUGGUCCUCAAUGAUCCAGUGGCAGGCGAAAUACCUGUGUAUGCUGUGGCAGUGUCUGGUAAUGGAUUGUCUCCUCUUCUUCACCCAGUCAGAUUAUCUCCACAAGCUGACUUCAUUCCAAGACAAGGACAGCUCAUUUUUCACAACGGACAAAGGGAACUGGAGCUCGAUUUUACCAUUCUACCUGAUACCACCCCUGAGAGGGACGAAGCCUUCACCGUGCAUAUUUACAACGCUUCGGGAAAAGCGAUUGUCAACAGUCUGAAACAAGAUUUAACCGUCAAUAUUUUAUCCAAUGACGAUGCACACGGGCGAAUAGGCUUUGCUGCCGACUCGCUUACUAGAGUUCAACCAGAAACAGCGUAUGAUUCCUUGGUUACAUUUGAAGUGAUCAGAGAGUAUGGAAGCCUAGGGCGUGUUGUAGCUCAGUGGAAUGUUUCUGGGAAUUUCAGUGACGGAGAUCUGAGUCCUUUUUCUGGAGAGCUUGUGUUUGAAGAUGGCCAGACCAGUCAAAAUAUAUCAAUGACUGUCCACAAGGACGUGGUGCCAGAACUUUUGGAGGUUGCUUAUAUUAGACUCCUCCGCCUCACAGAAACAGGAUCAUCAGAUGCAAACCGUGGUGCAGUUCUUAACUCAGCUCGUGUAGUCGCCAUGUUGGUCAUCCCUGCCAAUGAUGACCCAUACGGUGUUAUCGGGUGGAAAAACACCCUUCUCAUUUCUCAAGAAGACGGUCCUAAGAACAUUACCUUAUCUGUCGACAUCAUGCGAUGGUUUGGCGCUAUAGGAGACAUUUUGGUGUCAUACGAAACUGUUCAGGUUCCCACUGCGAAAUACAGUGACGAUCGAGUAGCAUUAGCUGGUGUUGAUUACAAAACAAUGAGCAAUACUGUGGAAAUUUCAGCUGGACGAAACUCCACGCAGAUAACUUUGGAUAUAGCACAUUACAACGACACAAUGUUAAACAGCAUCUUCCAUGUGAACAUUACCGCUGUAACACUGAAGCAAGGUGUUAAGUUUAUGAAUUCUCCCCGUAUCGAUCCAAACUCUCGUUUCCUGGAAGUCGUGAUUGCUCAACCGAACCGAACCGUAGGAGAACUCAACUUCGACCUCAGUGUUUUGCUUGACCCUGCGACGAAAACCAUCCAGUUGCAAGAGGGAGUGGAGACCUUGAACAUCACAGUGCAACGAACAGGAAGUUCUUCAGGGAAUGUAGGCUUCCGGUUUAUUGCUCGUCCUCUGAGCUCAAGCUCUUACACUGCUGCCGACAAUGCGGAUUUCUCUCCGAGCGAAGGAACUGUCAUGUUUACCUCAGGAGAAACUCGUGCCAUCUUAAGAAUAAAUAUCACCAAUGACAAUAUUCCUGAGAUUGAGGAGAGUUUCUUCGUUCAGAUGAGUCGUCCUUUAGGAGGUGUCCUGAUUGGUGGAGUCAGUAAGGUGGAUGUCAUUAUCAAGCCUAACGAUGCUCCAUAUGGACGUUUUGGCUUCACAAAAGCAACAUCUGAAAACAUCAACAUUGUACAGGAAGGAUCCACGUUGCACCUUGCGGUUAACAGGCAAGCUGGUGCUUUUGGAGACGUGCAUGUCAUCUGGAGACUCGCGCCUAACGCCGGAAUUGUAAAUGCGAGCUCACAGAUCUCUCCAAUGAAUGGCUCACUUACUUUUAAACAGGGAGUCACAUCUCAGUUUAUCACGCUCCAUGCACGUGAUGAUAUGGUGGCAGAGGUGGGUCAGACGUUUACUUGUGAACUGAUCAGCGUCGACAAUGGCGGGAAACUGGACUCAACUCUGAGUCAAGCCAGAGUUCAUAUCCCAGCCAACGACGAAGUGGAGGGAAUUGUGUCGAUUGACCCCAAAACAAGAUUUUUGAUAGCAGGAGAACCAAUGCUGGGUCAUGAUGGAGUGUUUGUGAUACGGUUCUUACGUCGAAUAGGUCAGUCUGGCAAUGCUCAGGUCACGUGGUCGAUCACUGCUAAUUCACCUGGUGACGCUCCUAGUCCAACAACUACUUUUAACGUGACGUCCGGUACUGUUGAAAUGCCGAAUGGCGUGACAAUGGUCAUCCUUCCUAUUAUGGUGAAGGACGAUUCCACUCCAGAAGAGCUAGCCGUGUAUAAUUUUGCCUUGACUGGCUCCACCCAGACAAGCCUUGAUUCGUCGCAGAGUGCACGGAGGGCACAGAUUACUGUGGUGGCCAGCGACGACCCGUAUGGAAUCAUCGAGUUCCAGUCGGCUUCAAUGCUAAAUGUUAGCGAAGAUGUUGGCUUUGUCAAUCUCACUAUCGUAAGAAAUAGCGGUAGCAUUGGCGAGCUGUCAGUUAACUAUAGCGUCUCGUCGACCACUGCGACCAAAGGAAGUGAUUAUGAGUCGUUUGAGAGUGUGCUCAAGUUCGCUGAUAAAGAAGACCAAAAGACUAUUCAUGUUCUUAUCAAGAAGGACAACAUACCUGAACUCGCCGAAACAGUUACAGUUGAAUUGCUCAGUGUAGAGCUUGUUUCUGGUUCGCCUAAGAAUUACAGUACCAUUGAUGGAUUACCUCUAAACACAGCACCUAGGAUCAGCCCUGCUAAGGACAAGGUCAUGGUUGUUAUUGCUGAGAAUGACGACGCUCGUGGAAACAUACGCUUCACACAGAGUUCUCAACUGGUGCGCGAAAAGAGUGGAGCUGCGGUAUUGGAACUCGUUAGAGAAGGUGGUAACCUUGGAGCUGUAGAAGUCGCAUUUUCAGUGAGGAACGGAACUGCCUUCCUCGGUGAGGAUUUCAAGGAGGCCGGAGGAAUUGCUCGAUUUUCUGACGGACAAACGUCGACGUUUAUAAACGUUACAAUCAUCGACGAUGCUGUCCCAGAGCAGCGUGACUACUUCACUGUCAGGCUAGACUCAGUGACAGGAGGCGCCAAAUUAGAGUCGCCAACGACCGUGACUGUUACCAUAGAAACGAGUGACGACCCUGGGGGACUGUUCGGCUUUGUAAACAGUUCUGUGCUUUCACUUGUUAAUCCGAGUCAGUCUAAAGACUUCAAUUUUGUCAUCCAGCGAGAAGGAGGAGCUGAGGGAGAGGUGGAAGUGAGCUGGAAGGUGAUUAGAAUCCACCCUCCGUGCGUUUCUUGUUCAGUACGCAACGACUUUGAAGGGCCUACCGCUGGAUCCAGUGUGUUUCCUGAUCAGGCUGUGGGGGCCACAAAGACUGUUAGACUUCGUGUGAGACCUUACUUAGGUUUUGACGAACCUGAGGAGCGGUUCAUUUUAUCAAUUUAUAAAGUGUCUGGUAACGGAACCAUUGACGGCUUGACGUCAAACAUCACCAUUAUAAUUGCCAAACAUGGUUUCCCCAACGGGGUGUUCGGAUUUCAGAGCACUACCACGAGGGCGUUCGAUGAGCCAGCGACUGGGGUCGAAACUCCUCAGUUUACAGUCGAGAGAACGAAUGGCACCCAAGGAACAGUAAAUGUCAUAUGGCAGAUAACCAGUCCAAUAGGUUCUCCGGGCUCACGUGACAUAUCAAGUACUUCUGGUUCGGUGACCUUCAAUCCUGGGGAUUUCUUGAAGAACAUUCUCGUAGAGAUCACAGCAGAUGAUGUUCCCGAGCUGGAGGCUGUUUAUACACUGUCAAUACUGUCUGUAGACGGCGGUGCAGAUCUCAGCCCUUCUCCCCGGAAUGUCACAUUUAAGAUAAGACCAAACGAUGACCCUCAUGGAAUUUUCAAGCUUCAACAAGGUGCGCAGAAGAUUCACGUCUCCGGAAACAGUCGGCAGUUGCAGUUUUCUGUGGUACGCGAGAAGGGAACGUUUGGUGCUGUUGAUGUGCAGUACGAGGUGCAGCACUCUGAUGGCUUACCUGCGGACGCACAAGGAAGUAUUACGGUGCCUGAUAAGCAGAACCAGGGUUCUGCAAGUGUUGCCUUGACAACCUUCUUGGCGCUGGGUUCCACAUUUACUAUUACACUGACUGGAGUUCGUUACAGCGAUGGUCAAGUUCCAGCCACUUCAAUCGCCCCUAAACUAUCAAGCAACUCACCAAGUGAUACAAAUGAGACAGUUGUGGUACCGGAGGAUGCAGCUAACGCUGUUUUCAAGUUUGCUGAUGAAUCUUUGAGACUGACUGUGGAUGCAGGUGACAGUGUACCGUCGAUCAAAGUGAUACGCACAGGUUUGUUUGGAAGUGCUACAGUGGAUGUCAGGUCUGGAUUUCCGUCUAAAUCUUUUGAUGGUUUUGCGGCUGGAAAAGUGCUUCCAGCCAGCCAAUUACUGUCAUUUACUGGAUCGAAGAAGGAGGAUUCUUUCUCUGUUCAGGUUUAUCCAGUGCUUGUCCCUGAUAAAAAGCUGGUUUAUUCCGUGUACCUGGCCUCUGCAAAAACUCCAAAUGCUGUCCCAGGGGGCGCAGCGGUCAUGUUUGGAGCCAGCCAGACAGCACUCAUUGAGUACAGCGGAGUCGUCCAAGUUGCUCCUGACUCGCAACAUCUAGCAACUUCUGAAGGUGGAAAGCUGAAGACCCGAUACCAGCCAAUGGACAAGUAAGAAAAGUACAGUUGGAGAUCAAAGAUGAUGAACUGCCGGAACCGGAAGAACAGAUUUUGGUUUACUUGACAGAUGCUACCGGAGGAGCCAGAGUUGCCACUGAUUCCGACAUCGGGCUCCAGUCUUGGGCCACAAUCACUGUUGAAGGCAAUGAUUUGAUGAACGGCGAGAUAGGAUUCGUGCCUGGAUCUCAGUCAGCAACUGUGGAUGAGGAUGGACCAAGGAGAUCAGCCACACUCAAAGUUCAAAGAUCGAAAGCCACGUUCGGUGAAGUUCAGGUUUCAUGGAGUGUUCGUGAAAGCGAGUUUCGCGACCAGGUCGAAGCGUCUGAAGGAAGAGUUAAAUUUGCUAGUGGCGCACAGCAGCAAGAUCUUGUCGUCACUCUGAAAAACGAUGCUAUACCUGAGCGAGCCUCCAAAUUUCAUGUCGAUUUAAACGGUAUUGUGAGUGGCAGCCAAGCACGGAUUAAUCCUCAGUUCCGUUCUGCGGUUAUCAAUGUUCUGGAGAGUGACUACCCUAAUGGAACCGUUGCCUUCCACAAGGACACCGUCUACACUACUGUCGACAAGUCUGCUACCGAAAUCUCUCUUCAGGUUAUCCGGGACCACGGGAAAGACAACGACGUCACGGUUUACUUUAAAACGCGCGAUCUCCCUGAUAGAUUCACUUCAAAGCCAGGCCUGGAGACUUCUCAAGCGUUGGCUGGACAAGAUUACGAGAAGCCUACUGCCACUUCCAUUAGAUUCGCAAAAGGAGAAACGUCGCAGCUUAUCACAAUCGCUUUAACUCCAAGAGAGGCUUCCCCCACAAAGUACCCAAAAGCCUUUGAGGUCGUUUUGCUGAACGCUACUGGAGGAGCAAAGAUCCUGAACGACAGUACAUCCUUGGUGACGAUUUCAGACGACAAAGAGACAACGACGUUCCUCAAAUUGCGAGCAUUAGCCAUUCAGACUCCACUUUCUGAUGACAAGAUCGACGAGAUCUUCACGGAUCUAAAAUCGAACAUACAGACAACACUGGAUGAAGAUAGACUUACUCUAACAAUGGAUACAAUUAAUAUCAUCUUGAGUGACAAGAAGAGCCAGGGCACAGCGUUGAGAGAUUCGUCCAAACAGCUACUUAUGGACAUCUUUGAUGAAUUAUUGAAUCCCAGUCGAGACGACACAAGGGGUCAAGACAAACUCUCCACAGUUUUUGAAACGUUUGCAUUUUCUUUGAUGUAUGCUUUGCCCUGCCCAGACGAGAACGGUGCAUCUCUCCAGGGACAACGCGCUACAGUUAAAGGCUUUAGACGGUUGCCUUCUCAACUGAACGGGCUGAAAAUUGUCGCCGGGAGAGGAGAGGAUUACUUCCAGUAUCCGUCACGUAUGUUUUCCUCUUCAUCUUCUUCAUCAAGCGAGUGUAACGAUGUUCAUUUUAUCGAUUACCAAACUGCUCACUGGUUUAACAAACCUAACAAACCUCCUGUUAUCAACGAAAAGGUGCUCUCCACUUCACUGAAUGAGACUCCAUCUAUCAGCAGUCAAAACCCAGUUACAUAUCGCAUUUACACCAACAAAAAGAGAGUGACUCCCAAAGGAGCCGAUUGUGUGUUUUGGGAUCACUCCAAGUCAGCUUGGUCUACAGAAGGCUGCAUUAAAAAGAACGACAAGGCUGAGUACGUAGAGUGCCAGUGUGAUCACCUGUCAAUCUUUGCAGCUCAAGGAGAGAGUGAUGACAGGACGGGUUACAAGAUUUAUUUUUUCAUCGUCUGCUUUGUCUGUAUGGGAGCGUUUUUCGUGGCGUUGGUUGUCCACCACGCAUGCUCUGUCGAGAACAUGUUUGCUGCCAAGCUAUUGAUGCAUUUGUUUUUCGCUUGUAUGAUGGCCCAGUUGAUGUAUGUUCUGGGCGCGUAUCUCAGCCCGGAAUUAGUGGACGAGCCUACCCGCUGUUCUGUGCUGGCCGUGUUUAUUCAUUACUUCUUCCUUUGCCAGUUUUCUUUGAUGUUUAUAGAGGGAUGGAAUCUAUGGCGUGUCUUCGUUUUGAAUGACGAGCACACCGACAGGAAACUGGUCAUGUUCUGUGGUGUUGGAUGGGGGAUGCCUGUUGUGCUCAUUGUGAUAUACAUCCUUGUCACUCAACUUGGCCUCAAUUGGGAGUUUACUGUAGCAUAUGCUGAUGUUCACAGUAAUGGAGACAUGUGUUUUAUACCAAACGCAUACGCUGCCCUUGCCAGUGUGGUCGGCCCAGUACUACUGCUGCUGACGGGCGUGGCCUUAAUCUUCACCCAGGCAUACCUGGUCACUCCACAAUGGAAACACUACGAUGACAUAUUCCGUGGGCACUAUAACAUAAAGGAAAUCCGCUGGGUGAUUGGACUCUUUAUUCUGAUCACGUUGGCGUGGUUGUUUGCUGGGUUUCAUUUGGCCUAUGGCUAGGAUUGGCUACUUAUUUUGUUUGUGAUCACUGACGGAAUAUUGGCAUUGUACGUUUUAAUCUGGUACUGCUUGAUGAGGAAUCAGUUACGCGGUGUAUUCAAGCGGUCGUUUGCGUUCCCAUCCAUGUCUCCGCCAAUCGAAUUACGUGAAGACCUGUUCAGAGACAGCCCUGGAAGCCCUCAACAAUCCAUAGCCAGCCUCAAAAGAUCCGGGAUGAGGAAUUCCCCGGAUGAACCGGUUUAUUUGACGAGAAUUGAAAGACGAAGCGGAUCCGUUGUUGGAUAUCCGAUUGCAAGAGUUGUUGCUGACUGGGACGACCUAGAUUAUGGAGCCACUCCAAAGGGAAGCCGCAAAAUGUUCGUCAACCUGGACGACACCGAAAGCUUGGGCCGAGUUAACGAGAUGUACGAAGACGACGAUGAUACCCAGGACUUUGACGAUCUGAUUUUUGCGUUGAAGACUGGGGGCCACUUUGAACCAACACUGGACGAAGAAAAGGACCUGGAUUUGGGUGACCAAGGAGAUGAACAAUAUGCAAUGAGAAGAAUCUCUAUCGCUGAUACACAUUUAUAACAAACAUUCUAGUGUGAACAUUUUUUUAUUUUAUUUACUCCUAAUGUAUAAACAGAAGUUUGAUAUUUGUACAGAAGAUGUGCCAAACUAUUAUUAUAACUGCCAUGCAAUAAUGAAUUACCAGAUAAAUUAAUGAGAUGGGUACAGUUUUGUACAUCUAAAAACAAUUUGCCAUAAUCUUUCAAAAUUGGUCCUUGGGAAUUUAUCAAGCCAGAAAUUUGUUCUUUCCCUUUCAUCGAAGGUAAUUUACAUAGAAUUGAAACAAAAUGUUUUGACGUAAAUGUCUUGGAAGAAUUGAAACAAAGCCUAAGAUCGGAAAGCACAAUAAAGCUGCUCUGUUACUUUGUUCACCGCGUCAAGAUGAUAUCACGUGAGUGUGCAUUGUGAUGGAACCUCAACUGUUCAAAGAAUUACGAGAUAUCUAAAAAGAAUUUUUAGAUAGCUGAAAAUUUUAUAUCAGGAUGUUUUAACUUUACAUACGUUUAGUUAUGUUUGGGUCGUGCUCAUACAUAUAUUUUCGUUUCUAGAUUUUGUAACCCUUUUUUUUUUAAUUUGAAAGACACUAACUGGUGUCUAUUCUUGUUUUCGAUUUUAUAGAAAAAACUGAAAUUAAAACGAUAAAUAUAAAAUUUUGUUUAACAAAAUUAAUUGCGUGUGAAAGUAGUUCUUCGAAAUUGUAUUUUUAAGUCUACAUCGUUGAAACGGAUUUGUUAAAUACGAGAAAUAUGAAAAUCCCUUUAUUUAAUAAGCUGUUUAUUGCAAGCCUGGAAAUCUUAAGAAACCUUUGAUUAGUCUAGCAUGGAUUAACUGUACACUGUAAUUUUGCUUAACAUGGUGUGAAUAUGGAAUAAUAAAUGAAAUAAGUGUAUUUUAGCUGUGUAA